UUGUGUGGCGAAAUCACACGCGCGAAUUCAUUUAAUUAAUUUUUUUAGCCAAAAGAAUAAUCGCGUUCAGUGUGUGUUUUUUUUUCUUUAGUGUUAUUUUUAUUUUUACAAUUAUUUCCUUUUUGUAUCGAGUAUACGAAAAUACUACACAGCUUUAAAAGAAAAAUAUGCCUGUUGAAAAAAAUAUGUGCCUGGAUAUACCAGAAGAAAACUUACACUGUCACCACUUUCUGUUCAUAAAAGACGUGAUAACUUCAACCUUUGACUCAUCGCGGGCCUGUUUCAAAACUAAAUUCACUAGUCUCAGUUAUAGAAGAGCAAGAUUGAAUGGAAUUGUUGUUGCACAGGAGUCAUUAUCAGAUAGGAGUGAGCGUCAUUUUUGGCUAGAUGAUGGUACAGGCGUCAUUCGAGCCAUUUUUUCGCAAGAAAUUCUAAAGAGAAGAGAUGGAUAUGCAAUUGAUCUCUCUACUUUAUUAUCUGUCUUUGGUAAAAUAGUACUGUAUCAAGACAAGGAGAUUGCAAUUCGUUGUGGAGGAUUUAAAAUAGAAGAUGAUUGCUUAGCCGAAAUAUACCAUUGGACAAAGAUCCUUCAAGAUCGACCAAAAGAAAGAACAUUGAGUCAAACGGAACAGAGCAAUAUGUUCUAUAGUCUCUCCUCAUUGCCUUCUCCUAAGCGCUUAUUGACACCCAACUUUAUGGAGUCACCUCUAAGAGCAACGCCCAGUUCACAGAAUGCAAAGAGUUACUUGUGGUCUCCAGAUCAUGUAUUUGCGACUUCAACGCCAAUUCGUGCAGUCCAAGAUUUGACUCAACGGCGGCAUCCAAUUGCUGUGGCUAAUACAGUUCACGAACAACAGCAACAGCAACAAUGUUCUGAGGAUGAAUUUGAUGAAUUUGAUGAAUUUGAUGAAUUUGAUGAAUUUGACAGCUUUGGCGAUGUUGAUUUACUUGCUCUGGAAAAGAAUGCUAUCCAACAAGCCUCUGCUUCUACAAAGCGAAAAUGGGAGUUGAGUAUGGAGUGAAUCAAACCAUACCAAAGAUUGCAACAUCGAAAUACCAGCAUAGACAUGCAGACACACAUACAUACAUCUAUAUACUUUUUUUAUGUAAAUACACAAAUUAAAUCUAAAAUAAGCUUUAUAGUCAUUGCAAAAUAAUUUAAGCAAGUAUCUUUUAUAUCUUUAUCCAAACCAAAUACACCUUUUUAUACAUUGACAUGAUAAAAUAUGGCGUCAUACAUAUUGAUCAUCUAAUUAGCCGAUAUCUUCAAAAACAAGGGCACUGAUUAAAUACAGCUAUCUUGUCGAACAUCAAGGAACAGUCAGAUAUUCAAUUAGUUUUGUUAUCUUUGCCUAUUAUUAAGUAUCAAUUCAAUGAAUAUGAAAAUAGCUUCC